AUGGGAAGUGAAGGGUAUAAACAAGCUAAAGCUAUUUUGUCACAACAAUUUGGGCAGCCUCAUAUAAUAUUGCAUUCAUUAAUGAGAGAGCUUUUAGAUAGAAAGGUUAGACCCAAUGACAGUGAAGGGCUGUGGAAAUUGAUAGGAUCAAUGAAAAAGUGUAACAUAACCUUAACUCAAAUGGGAUACAUGGCUGACUUAAAUAGCACUGAAAAUCUGUUAAAAGUUCAAGGUCUUCUGCCUGUAUACAUACAAACAAAGUGGGCAAAAACAGCACAAAAUAUCCUUGUUAAUGGAAGGGAACCUUUGUUCUUAGAUAUGAUUAACUUUUUAGAAGAAAAAGCUGCAAUAACAAGCAACAUGUUUGGAAGAAACAUACAUAGAUCUGAAACACAGAAAGAUACAAAAACAACCAGGUUCACAAGCUCAAGCCACAGAGAAAUUGAAGGAAAAAGAAGACAGAUGUCACAGUCGCAUUUCACCUAUCGGCAGAACCAUUCAACAAAAUCAAUGUGUCCGUUGUGCAUCAAUAGUGACAAUCAUAGAAUAUGGAGUUGCAGCCUAUUUAAACGGAUGUCAGUAAAUGAACGAUGGAACACUGCAAAGAAGGAAGGAUUGUGUUUUAAGUUUCUUGGUAGGCAUUUAGCCAAAAAUUGUGAUAAAACAGGCACGUGUAAGAUAGAUGGGUGUAAAAGAAACCAUUACAGAUUGUUGCACGAUCAAGAAGGUCAGACUGAUGUGGUACGAACGAGCACGGAAGGGGAGCAAUUACAGAACCAAAUACAGACAGAGGAAACUGCAAACAGAACUACACAUCCGUUACAUGGUCCAUCCACAACAAAAUAA